UGACGUGCCCCAGAUUUGUGCGGCGAUACGAUGGAGACGGCAGAGGAUGGAAAGAAUGAUGCCAAAGCAGACGAGGCCAGGAAGCCAGACAAGCCACCCUUCUCAUACAACGCCCUCAUCAUGAUGGCCAUCCGCAGCAGCCCGGAGAAAAGGAUGACACUGAGCCAGAUCUACGAGUUCAUCAUGAAGAACUUCCCUUACUACCGUGACAACAAGCAGGGCUGGCAGAACUCCAUCCGCCACAACCUCAGCCUCAACAAGUGCUUCCUCAAAGUCCCUCGCCAGUACGACGACCCGGGGAAGGGGAACUACUGGGUGCUGGACCCGUCCUGCGAAGACGUCUUCAUCGGUGGCACGACGGGCAAGCUGCGGCGCCGCUCCUCCCACGUGUCCCGCAACAGAAUGGCCUUCAGGCGGGCCUUCCCCUACCUGGGUCUGCAGCACGGGUAUCCUGUAAGCUCCGGCCCCGGCAUUACGCAUGGCCGUUUGCCUCGCUGUAUCCGGUGCAUGGUCUGAUGGGACACAAAGAUGGUGGCAUGAUGUCCACCUACUCGGCGCCAUCUUCAGGGUGUUCCCCUGCCAUGACCCCGCCGCUGCUUUAGGGGUCAACGUGGCGCUGUGGGAUCGGGGCGGUAAGCUACCUACUCUGGUGUGCUCGUGGACAAGUUUUUGCGUCGUGAGCAGUGUUUGUCGAUGGCGGCGUCGGUGGCUGUGGCCCCCGUGCCAGGAAGUACCCCUCCCUUACCCUUGACUCUCCUCCCGUCUCGAGCAUCGUCUCUGCAUCCUGCUGCAGCGCUGGCCGCUGCAACUCAAAGAACGCUGGGCUGCCACCCGGUACCCAUGUACCCUUUGCAGCUGUCCCUGGGUCCGGCGGGGUGGCUCCGCUCGCUCCCUCGUCCGUUAUGCUGCACCCGUGCAUCGCACAGCUGUACGCCGCCAGCAUGUCAGGUCUGGACUUGCGGACUUUACCUCUGAGGGGGCUGGCCACAUCCCCCAGUUCUGCAUUCAGCGCCCUGGGACUGAGUCCUAGAACUCUGCACAUUGCCUCCUCACCAACGGACCUCCGCAGCUCUGGCAGCUCAUCCCCAGAAAGAAGCGACCAAUCUGAGUGUGGCUGCCAGAACUAGUUGACUCUCGGGGCCUCGGUAUGGCAUGACUGUGAUGUGAGUAGACUCAGAAACAAUGGAGAAUGAACAGUGUGCGAUCAUUUUUUAUUUAUUUUUUGGAGGGACGAGUGGCAGUGUGGUGGGAGUGGGAUGAGAGAGGAGUUAUAUACAUAGCUUAUAAAUGUCUAUAAUUCUUGUGCGUUCCUUGUCAGAUUUGUGUAAAGGUGUCAAGCAAGUAUUUGCUGGUCAUCUUGUGGUCAGGGUGUCCAGCACUCAUCUGUAUCCGUGUUUCACUAACAUCAAACAUAAACUCUGUGCGUUGAACUUAAAAUUGUUUUAACUGUUCACAAAACGGGAAGAGAACAUUCGCUACAUUAACUUAUUUUUUGCAGUUUUGUUUGAUGAAAAAUGUUUGUAAAACAACCGAGUAACGCUUUUUUUGUAUAUCUGUCAGUAUGUAAGUGUGCACGCGUGUAUGUCUAGAUUAUUUUUUCCCUCCCUGUUUCUUUCUUCAAUUCUGUCUAGUAAAAAAAGUUUUCUGUUUGGUUAAGAUUAAGUAGUUGAGCGGUUACAAUGAAAAUUUCAAUAUCAAUUCACAGACAAAAGGGAGAGAAUUGUGAAGACACGAACUCAUUUAAACACACACACACAAACGCAUUAACUUUUUCUCUCUGAGACAUUUGUCAGGAUUUUUCUUGAUGAUACACUGUUUAGCUUAGUGUUUGCUGUUCCACA